AUGGCAAUACCUUUUAAAGAAUUAAAAAAAAUGUUCUGGGUAUUUUCAAUUGAUUAUUAUAGCUUAAAACUUGUGAGAUAUUUAGUAUAUAUUUAAACAUCACAUUUAUUUAAUAAUUUUAAUUCUAUAUGAUAUAAAACUCAAUUAUCCAUAAACAAAAAACUAAGAAUGAGAAUGAAUCUGAAAAGCGGAUUAAAGGUAUUUUAGAUCUAGAAGUUUAUGAGAAAUUACAAAGCCUUAAUAGUAUUCAGUCAUAAAAAUUUCCUAAUGUAAAAAAAGAGUUAAAUAUUGGAUGCAUUAUAUAUAAUUUUCCUAUUAGACCUUAGGAUUAUAAGCACAUUUAUGAUUCAAAAUAAAUACCAUCUAAACUUUAAACAAUAUAAUAUGAUAAUUUUAGCUCUUUUGACAAUGCAAAAUUAUAACUGCAAGCCUCUUUUGAUUAAAAUAAUUAAUCUAUCACUAACAAUUCUUAAGCAGUUAAAUCAAGUAAUAAAAGAUUCUCAAUCACUCAAUCAAUAUCCUAAAUUCAAAAAUAAAUCUAAAUUAUUAAUAAUAAAAAUAAUAGGCUCUUCUAAACUAGUUUAAGAUAAGAAUAAUAAAUUGCACUAUUACCUUCAUUUUAUUUAAGAAAAAAAGGUAUAAUAUUAUUUAUUAUAGUAAGUUAAAGUAUGAGUAAACACUAAUCUCAACAUUUAGAUUUUAAGUAAGUUGAACCAACUAGAAGAGGCAAAUCUGUAUCUCAAAUUGUUUCAUAUGCUUCUAGGCCUUAAACUAGUAUCUUAAGUAAAGAAAACAGGUAUAUAAUUUAAUGA